CCAUCACCACCACCAUCUCUCUCCCUCUCUCUCUCUCUCUCUCUCUCUCUUCAGGCUGCGUGGAUUUAAUGGAACAACAGUUUAAAUGACCGCUAACGGUUAACGCAUGGACUAUAAAAUGGAUGGAUAUUUUGACCAGCAAGUGCCUUAUACUUCAGCAAAUAAGUCACAGGGAAAUGGGGCCCAAAACAGACUUUUGAUGGGCACAAAACGGAGAUACAUGGACACGGAAUUACCCCCUCAGGAAUCUGAAGAUCUUUUUCAGGACUUAAGUCAACUUCAGGAAACAUGGCUCACAGAAGCUCAGGUUCCAGACAGCGACGAGCAAUUUGUCCCUGAUUUCCAUUCAGAAAACUCGGUAGCAUUCCAUAGCCCUUCAGUGAAGAUCAAAAAAGAGCCCCGGAGUCCUGGUUCAGACCCCAGUCAGUCCUGCAGCCACAAGCAGUCCUUUACCUAUCCUAGUAGGGAGCAGUGCCUUUACACCAGUGCCUAUGAACAGAAGACAGUUGAGGGGCCCAAGACCUCUAGCCCUGGGACUCCCAUGUCUCCAAUGCAGCAUUACUCCUCCAAACCCCCCUUGAGCGUUCAGCCUGACUUGGGGUACAUGAACCUCGCAGCUGGCACCCAGCGCCUCCACAGCCACAGCUUCCCUAUGGAAAACAGCACCAAGUACUCCCAGCCUCCUGCAGAGAUGUGCCCACAGUAUCCACCCCUGGGACAGAGCCUUCAGCGGGCCCUCCCAGCCCCCAAUGGAGGUGGAAGUGGUGGAAGUGGGGUAUACCACCGGCAGCUGUCAGAGCCCUGCAUGCCAUACCUGCAACAGAACUUCAAACAGGAGUACUUAGACCCCUUGUAUGAUCAGGCUGGUCACAUGCCGGGACACCUGCCCCAGCGAUAUCCGUCAACUCACAUGAUGGUCAAACAGGAGCCCACUGACUACCAUUAUGAUCCUGAUGUACCGGGCUGCCCUUCCAUGUACCAGCACAAUGAAGGCUACUCAAACCCCCUGCAUGGCAACGAAGGCUACCCGUUUGAGAACGAUUCUCGUGUUGUUCCCGAGAAAUUUGAAGGUGACCUGAAGCAAGAGGCAGGGAGUGUGUUCCGAGAGAGUGCCCCCUACCAGCGCCGUGGAUCUCUGCAGCUCUGGCAGUUCUUAGUGGCCUUGCUGGAUGACCCAGGCAAUGCUCAUUUCAUUGCUUGGACUGGCCGUGGCAUGGAGUUCAAGCUUAUUGAGCCAGAGGAGGUGGCCAGGCUUUGGGGGAUGCAGAAGAACCGUCCAGCCAUGAAUUACGAUAAACUGAGCCGCUCGCUGCGCUACUACUAUGAGAAAGGCAUCAUGCAAAAGGUUGCUGGCGAGCGCUAUGUGUACAAGUUUGUGUGUGAACCUGAGGCCCUCAUCUCUCUGGCCUUCCCAGACAAUCAGCGACCCAGCCUGAAGGCCGAAUUUGAGCGCUAUGUCAAUGAGGAAGACACCGUGCCUCUGUCUCACUUGGACGAAGGCAUGGUCUACUCCUCUGAGCAGGUCGCCAACCACAUGGGACCCCAACCGUAUGCCAAAGGCUAUAUGUAUUAACAUCCCGCGUCCUGCCUAUCUUGCACAUGCCUACCCUGCCCCUGUUGUAUAUAUGGCUAUGGUGUCUUUUUUUCUUUAUUGUUUUAAAUUAACCCUGUUAGGGAUUCCCAUGGUUUUAAAAGCUGCAUUUUUCUCACUUCUGAGGCCUGUCAAGUCCAAAUCCAUGACAGUGACAAAUCCGAUUGCUUAAUAAA